AUGGAUCUCACUGGCACCAUCCCAUCUCAAUUAGGAAAUCUAUCUUUCCUUUGUUGGCUUGACAUUCAUGACAAUAAUUUCCAUGGCUCUAUAUCAAUUGAAUUAGCAGAUUUGCAUCGGCUGAAAUAUUUGGACUUUGGUAACAACAGCUUCGAUGGAGAAAUCCCAUCAUGGUUUGGUUGCUUCACUAAACUUCAAAGAUUGACUUUGUACCAUAACAACUUCAUUGGUGUUAUCCCAUCUACUCUAGGCAAUUUGUCAAAACUAGAAAGAUUGAGCUUGGGUAGAAAUCAAAUUUCCGGUAGAAUUCCAAAUAGUUUAUUCAAGUGCAAAGAACUGAAGUUUUUAUCGUUGUUUAGCAACUCCUUGGAGGGAAGUAUACCUGCAGAAAUUGGAAAUUUGACUUUGCUCAACACUUUGAUUCUUGAAAGCAACUACCUCAAAGGCCGUAUUCAAACACCACCACCUUCAUUGCAAUGGUAUGGAGUUUCGGACAAUAAUUUUAUUGGAGGAAUCCCCUCCUUAAUAUGCAAUUUGACUUCUCUUACGGGUAUUGAUCUAUCUAAAAAUAAUUUGGAUGGAACAAUUCCAGAGUGCCUUGGAAACUUGAGUUCUUCUCUCUUAGAAAUUUUUCUAGAAAAUAAUAAUUUUCAUGGUCAAAUACCAGAAAAUUUUGCUAAAGGUUGCAUGUUGAAAAGUUUUCGCGUCAACAACAAUAAAUUAGAAGGGUCACUACCACGAUCUUUGGCUAAUUGCAAAGAUUUAAACCUUCUUGAUGUUGGAAACAACAAUUUGAAUGACACUUUCCCAAAUUGGUUAGGAAAUUUGGAUCGGCUGCAUGUUCUUAUAUUGAGGUCGAAUAGAUUCUAUGGCCAAGUGGGUAGCUUUGAUGUUACAGUUUCCUUAACUCGUUUGCGUAUCAUUGAUCUUUCUUGCAAUAACUUCAGUGGCUACUUACCUACCAAUUUUUUUGAACAUUUGCAUGCCAUUAGAGAAGGGUAUGAAAAGAAAGUUGAACCAGAGUACAUGCAACAAGGAUUUGAUAAAGUUUUAGUGAAUUAUGCUUCUGGUUUAUCUAUUACAUCAAAAGGGCUGGAAACAGAGUUUGAAAUACUAUUAUCCAUUUGGACGGUUAUUGACCUUUCUAAUAAUCAGUUCUCGGGAGAAAUUCCAAAAAUACUUGGUGAGCUUCAUUUACUUAUUGUCCUAAACCUCUCCCAUAACUGUUUAAUAGGUCCUAUCCCAUCAUAUUUAGGUGAUUUGUCAGAGCUUGAAUCAUUAGAUCUUUCAUCAAAUAAACUCGAAGGAAGAAUUCCGACAGAGUUAAAAAAUCUUGGAUUCUUAGAGGUGUUAAACCUUUCUCAAAAUAAACUCAAGGGACCCAUUCCUCAAGGAAAACAAUUUGAUACUUUCACUAACGAUUCCUACAUGGAAAAUCUGGAUUUAUGUGGUUUGCCAUUAUCAAAAAGCUGUGAUACUGACGAGGAAACUCCAGCCAAAUUUGAUAGAGAUGAUGAUGAUAGUGAUGAAUUGAAUUGGAAAUUUUCUAUAUUGAUGGGGUAUGGAUGUGGGUUGGUUCUGGGAAUGAGCAUGGGAUACAUUGUAUUCACGACAGGAAAACCAUGGUGGUUGAUCCAGAUCGUCGAGCGAGUUCGACAAAGAUUUGCAAAAAGGUAG